CGACGUUCAUUUUUGUGCUGCACCGUCAACUCUACAUAUGAACGCACCAAUAUUUUCUUAAUGUUACAUAUAUCGUCAUAACGUAUACAUAUAUACAUAUAAAUUCUAUACUCCUUGCGUUGUCGGUAUCGGUAAAUACGUGGGGAAAUAUCCGCGCAGGCAGUGUGUAUAUUACGACGAAGCACUACGAUUUUACGUGUACGGAUCGGAUCACGAAAAUAAAUAUAACAAGUACAAAAAAAAGUGUUUAUUGGUCCAAAUUAUAAGAACGAAUGAUAAGAACCAUUGAAAUAUUGUUGCACAUAAAAAAUCUCCGGAAAAACGUGUAUUGAAAAUAGUAUUCAACCGGAGCAUGAACCAGGCUUUAUGGACUACUGUCGUUGCUCUACAAACGUGUAAAGUUCUUGAAAAAUGCCUCCUAAACAGAGAAAAGUAGCUAUUAUGGGCUAUAGGUCUGUAGGAAAAUCAUCGCUCAGUAUACAAUUUGUAGAGGGACAAUUCGUAGACUCGUAUGAUCCUACCAUUGAAAACACAUUUACCAAAAAUACGAGAGUCAACAGUCAAGAUUAUGAAGUCAAAUUGGUCGACACUGCUGGUCAGGAUGAAUACAGUAUAUUUCCAACACAAUAUUCCAUGGAUAUUCACGGUUAUGUCCUUGUCUACAGUAUAACAAGCGCAAAGAGCUUCGAAGUUGUACAAAUUAUUUACGACAAGCUGCUUGACAUCACCGGCAAACGAAACGUUCCAAUCAUACUAGUGGGCAACAAAACGGAUCUCUAUGUAGAUAGAAUGGUGAAGACCGACGAGGGAAAACGUUUGGCUGAUACGUGGCACGCAGCCUUUUUUGAAACCAGUGCUAAACAGAAUGAGUGCGUCGCCGAUAUCUUUCACACCCUGCUGAUGGAAAUCGAGAAGGCAGACGGGAAUGUUCAAGAAAAAUCGAAUUGUGUUAUAUCUUGAAUAAUAGUUUAGUAGUUUAAGCUUCGAUCACGAUGAAGAAAAAAGCUGAGAGUGAAGGGAAUGAGACGAAUAGAAACGGAUCAACGUGGAGGGGAAAAGAAUCAAAGGAAGAGAGAGUGGAGCUGUUGUUUUUCUAAAUCCAAUGAAUUUCAUCAAAAGCGCUUGUAACAAGGGUGCUUUUUUUCAUGUUCGCAAGUGAAAAUCACACCUCGGAGUUUGGAUGAAUCAACUACGAUGGUAAAGAGUUAAACCGCUCAUAAAUAUUUCUCUCAACGAUAAAUAAUGACAACAGAAGUGGAAGGCGAUCUGUUUGGCGGGUUUUUUCGUUCAAAGAUGAGCGAAAAAUCCUCCAACACUCUCAAGUGGUGCAUAAACAAUGAAAAUUCAGAACGUCGCGAGAAGCACGCGCGCCAACUAUGGAACUUUAACUUAGUCGCAAUUAAAUGUGUUUUUUUCCUCUCUAUUUUGUUUCUUCAACUCAUCUACUUUUUGUAGAGUAUCGGAACUUUUACUGCUCUCUUUUUCGGAAGGGGCGUAAAGAGCUUCGAGGCGUGUUAUGUUGAUAGCGAACGAAUUUUAUCUUUUAUAUAUCAAUAUAUAUGUAAUUCUUUUACUUUUAUUUUGUCUUCAGGCUUUUGUGUAUAGCAAAUGAAUCGAUAAUAUAUAUAUAUAUAUAUAUAUAUAUAUAAUCCCGUUCGAUUGAAAUUCUUUUUGAAGCAAAGAGCACACACGAAUCAAACUUUCAUGUAGGAAAAGUCGAUCAGUCAUUUUUCGAGUAUCCUAAUUAUACACGAUUUACUAUGUUCUGUUGAUUUAUAUUUUUUCUUCUCUUAUACUUAAUACUUUAUAAAAACUAAUGAAAUAAAAAAGUAUAUUCAUAGUGCGGUGCAACGUGGUAAUAAAAAAUGAAAAGUGGAUGCUCAUCGUCGUAACGUCGAAAAUAUAGAAAAUCCUUCCAAUAAACUUCGGGCUUUGUGUCAAUAGCGAGGAUUUUUCAGUCAUUUUGAUGCUAUUCGAUUGUGCAGAAACCUCAAACGUUGGAUUCGCUCUCUAUUGUUUUUGUUUUUCAUUUGUUUGAAAGAGAAAAUCCCAUUCACCAAAGCUCUCGGUUCGAGAAUCAUUUGAAAUUUAAUGAGUACGUAACGACCGAGAAACACAUAGUGGCAUAUGUGAACAGAAAAAUGAGAAUAAAAAAACCAAUAUGAGGAAAUAAUGUGUAAAUAUACAAUGAUAAAAUUCACGUCGCGUAUAAUGUAGGAUAUGUAAGAACUUGAAUAAAAUACGUGAAUGCAA